UCUGAGGGCGCGAUUUGAGCAAUUAGAAGAUGCAAGGAAAUCGCGUUUAUGUGAAGAUCCGUUAAACAUGAAGUAAAUGUUUGGGUUUCUCAGAAACCUCACCAGGAUUUUACAGAUCCCUGGAAGGGACGCGCUCUGACAGUGCGAACCUCGGUCACAGUUCACGGGUCACGGUCAGUGGAGCGAGGAUGUCAAGAUAGAGCUUGGAAACGAGACUUCUACAUUUUUAUCUAAAGCUUAAGAAGACUGUUCGGACUAAUAUUAAAAUUGGCACAUGCCAGGACUUUUCUUGAUAUGCCAUUUUGAUGAAUCCCUACAGAUGUCUGAGUUAGUUCACUCUGGAUGUUGGGCCGCAGGAGCAGUUGUGUGACCCUGCAGGGUUGUGCCCGGACCGCCUUUUUGCUUAUUUUUGUAGACUGAUUAAUGACGGACAAGAUAAAUGAUUAUUUAUGAAAUUAUCAUUUUUUAUUCCCUCCACGCAAUUCACAAAAACUACUUUUACUCUUGACCGAAUAUAGGCCUUAGGUCUUCAGGGUCAAUUGUUUAUUUUCCAACCAAAGUUUCUUUGGACUUCUAAACAGCUGAAACUGCGUUUAAAAGAGACAUUUCCGAGCAGAACGGACUGACCACAAACGCACAAACCUUUAAAAGAAAAAAGUACUGGACAUUAAAGACUUUUUGCUUCUUUUGAACGGAAGGCCUGUCCUGCUAAACGAUGGAAAUCCACUGCAAACACGACCCGUUCGCAGCGAUGCACAGGCAUGGAGGGGUGAAUCAGCUGGGCGGGGUGUUUGUCAACGGGCGGCCCUUGCCUGACGUGGUGAGGCAGAGGAUAGUGGAGUUGGCCCAUCAGGGCGUACGUCCAUGUGACAUCUCCCGCCAGCUCCGGGUCAGCCACGGCUGCGUCAGCAAGAUACUGGGCAGGUACUAUGAGACAGGCAGCAUCAGACCAGGGGUGAUCGGAGGCUCCAAACCAAAGGUUGCUACACCCAAAGUCGUCGACAAAAUCGCUGAUUACAAACGCCAAAACCCCACCAUGUUUGCCUGGGAGAUCCGAGACAGACUGCUGGCAGAGAGAGUGUGUGAUAAUGACAGCGUGCCCAGUGUCAGCUCAAUCAACAGGAUAAUUCGCACUAAAGUCCAGCAACCACCUGGCCAAUCAGGAGCUAUCUCUGCCCAUAACUUAGCCUCUACAGUGGCAGUGACCCAGGUAUCCUCAGUAACCAGUGACACUGCAGGCUCCUCCUACUCUAUCAGUGGAAUUCUGGGAAUUAGCUCACCUGCCGAUGCAAGCAAGCGGAAGAGAGAUGAAACUCUACAGGAUUCUCCUUUGGCGAAUGGCCACGUCCAUUCAGGGCGGGACUUCCUGCGGAAGCAGAUGCGAGGAGAGCUCUUUACGCCGCAGCAGCUCGAGGUAUUGGACCAUGUCUUUGAUCGACAGCCCUAUCCCGACAUUUACCCCGUCCCUGACAGCAUCAGCUACAAGCCCGCCCAGACGUCUGAUUACUCGGCUAUGGCAUCUCUGGCUGGUGGAUUGGAUGAGAUGAAGAACAGCUUGUCCAAUCAGACAGGAGCAGAGUUGGGUUCCACUGUUGCGGGACCUCAAUCGUAUCCACUAGUGUCCGGUCGUGACCUGGCCAGCACCACGCUCCCUGGUUACCCUCCUCAUGUUCCUCCAACUGGGCAGGGUAGUUACUCCACACCCUCCCUCACAGGGAUGGUACCUGGAGGAGAUUUCUCUGGCAGUCCAUACUCCCAUCCGCAGUAUUCGACAUACAAUGAUUCUUGGAGAUUUGCAAACCCCAGUCUACUAGUGUUCCAGCAGGAGUAUGGUUCUUUACUGGGCUCGGAGAGAGCAGCUUCAUCGGGUCUAUUCUCCGGCCAAACCCCACAACCCACAGGAUCUCCAUACUACUAUAGCGCAGCCACACGGGGACCAGGAACGGCAGCAACAGCAACUGCCACUCCCUAUGACCGUCACUGACCAGCCGAGCAGAGGAGAAGAGGAAUGGUGAAGGAGUGGGAGAAACAAAAACAAAAAAAGAGGAGUGAGAUUGGAUUGAUAACGCCCACAUGAGACUGCCUACAUAUGGAAGAAAAGAAGUGGAGGAGAAGCAGGAAGGAGAAUGGAGAAAGAAAAAAAGAAAGAAAGAAGAGGUGACAAUGUUUUCCUGCCAAUUACAAUCAAUGGUCCAAUCAGUAGCUUCAGCUGAUGUGUCUAAUUUCUGUCCAUUAGUGGAAAGUAUACACCCAUUCACCUGUAUUCCUGUGGUCUCUCCUCACACUAAGGGGCUGUUUACAUGACACCGUUUUCAACUAAAAACGGAAACAUUUGAAUGCAUUUUGACCAUUCAUUUACACGGCAACAGCGUUCUGGGGGCCUGAAAACGCAAGCUUUUGAAAACGAUACCGUUAUCGUCUCCAUGUAAAUUACAAAAACGUGAAUUUGUGAAAAUGGUGACGUCAGGCGCAUGCAUAUUACAUGUUCA